UCUUUCUCUUCUGACUGUCCCAGUGACCAUAGUUUCCCCUUUUAUACAGCGCCAUGUCCAAAGCACCCCUCCUGCUGCUCUGGGCUGCCCUGGUACUGACCAGCCAUGUGUAUGGAACCAUGCUGAGAAAUGAAGAUUCAUGGAAGCCACUGAGCAACCCCAGAAACAGAGAACUGUUUUUCAGAAGCCUCCUGGCCUAUUUUAGGGGCAGAGGACUUGAUCUUGAGAGACUUCCAAAAGCCUUCUCCAUGAAUGAGGACUCCAGACCUCUCUCUUUGCAGGCGGAACAUAUUGCUUCUGCGUUUGCAGACUACGAGGAACACAAAAACUCCCUCCCUAGUUCCCAUAAAGGCUGA